AUUCCCAUCCCAUCCCUAGUGCUAUAUAAACAAAAACCUCAACCUUUUGUACACAUCUGAAUUCCGAGUGCCGUCGCUCCUCUUGUUUCUCCCUUCGCUCUGCGCUCUUCACAUCAGAAUGGAUUCACAAAUCAAGCAUGCAGUAGUGGUUAAGGUUAUGGGCAGGACUGGGUCUCGUGGCCAAGUCACCCAGGUCAGAGUCAAAUUUAUCGAUGAUCAGAACCGUUUCAUUAUGAGAAAUGUCAAGGGACCUGUUAGGGAGGGUGAUAUUCUCACCUUGCUCGAGUCUGAGAGAGAGGCUAGGAGGUUGCGCUGAUGGGCUCAGUGUUUCCCUUACUUUUUGUUAGUUUAAUACAAGCAAUUCGAUGUAAGGUUUAUGUGGAUCUCCCUUUUGAGGAUGGAUAACAAGAUUUUGACUUGAGAAUGGCUGCUGUUUGUUUCUUGUUGACAUUGAUGCCCCAUGUUUAAUCUUCAUAUGUUUGUUUAAAUGAUUGAGUAAUUCUGGUGGCGGAAUCUUCAAGGCUGCAACCAUCCUUCUAUUUGA